AUGGACGAUGCACGUAGAGACAAAAUUCUGAGAGGAAUUCAUGCUUACUUCAAUGACUUCUACAAGCAGGGCUUGGCUCUCUUGGGAGAUACCGAGGUUAUGCCCCUCGAGGUCCAAGAUAAGAGGAGGAACCAUGAGCAGCAGCUUCUGAAGGGGAUGUACUGGGCGCUGUUCUCCCUUCACCUGCUCUACAACAGGUACAACAUGGCCACCAAGGAACAGCUGGAGCACAUCAGAGCGCAGCCUGAACGCGAAAGUGAACAUUCGGAGGCCGAGGAGAGUGACCUCGACAUGAGUGGCUAUCACUACCAUCCCAUCGAUUUGACGGAACCGCCCGAUGAAGAAGAGGAGGAAGGCAGCGCCAGAAACGUUAACGCUGCCGAUCUAGCGGCAGCUCUGAACGAGAUGCAGCUGCUGCGCACGAACAACCGGGUGCUCGGGGGACCUGAACUGGACACAAGCAUACUCAAGGGUAAAGAGGUGGACAUGGUUUUGAGGUUCCUUAAAGUCUGUCAGCGGGAGUUCGUGUUCGAUGACUACAUGUUCCUGGGGUUCGCCAACUCGGACGACAGGAGGAGGUUCACGGCAAACAUCAGCAGCACACUCAUGGCCAUCAACACGUACAGACUCAUCGGAGACAAUUUGAGAACGAAGUCUAGCAUCAGUUUCCUCAAACAUAUGUCAUGGAUGUAUCAGUGGGAGGAGCUUCUUUCCUUCAUCAGCCUGCUGUACGUGAAAAACGAGGGCUACUACAGGAAGACCGUCAUGCCGAUGGUCACGCAGAGCUCGGAUAUCAGACACACGGCGUCGGCCGUGCUUUCCACUUCCAUGAUCCUCAGGGUGUGCCAACACACAACGCCCAGCAGCUUGCGAAGCCUUGAGGGGUGGAUAAACGUCGAGGAAGUGACGGAGCAUGUCCUGAAGCACUUCAACGACGACGGUGGAGUUGGACUCUCACCAAACGCGGAAAGCCACUGCGGAGGGGCGUUUUGUGCACUACUUAUACUAACAAUCUUGGGGACCAUUAAAACCAUAGACCGGAGCCUGUUGGUCGGCCUAAGAAACUGGCUCGUCAAGCGCCUAGCCCACUUUGGGGGUGUAUCGGGCAGAGUCGGCAAACACGAGGACCUGUGCUACUCCUUCUGGAUGCUCGCUGCGCUCAACCUCCUGAACAAGUGCGGAGUUCACUCGCAGAUAUUGAGGGGGCGUGAGAUGAUCAGGUUCAUCGAGAAGUGUCAGUCCCCUGGGGGAGGAGUAGCCCCGUACCCGUGCGAGCAGGGAGUGACUUCGCAGCCGGACCCCUUCCAUACGUUCGCUGCGCUCAUGACGAUAACUUUCAUUGAAGAGGAGAACCAGCAGCCGGCGAUACCGCUGCUCCAAAUGCUCAUCUGA